UAAACGAAAGUCAUACGAAAAAAUCUCUAACAACAUAAUAAUAUUUUUGAUUUUCGAUUCUGAACAAUGAAUAAAAUGGAAGAAAACUUCUACAAUGGAUGCACUUGUUGCCAUUGCUCUUGCCGCCGCUCUUGCUCUUGCUCGUCUUUAAAACGAUGCAAUUCCGCUGAAUCGUGUCGCUUACUUAUUCAGAAAAGUUCGAAAUAUAUAUACGAUGGCGUUAGAUGCUCAGAUCUCAGAUGUCCAUACUGCAACGAAGCGCUUGGACAGAAAAUCCUUUUAUCGCACUCGGCGGAGUCCACUGCUCGAACGCCACAACAAACGCGGAUUUCCGACAUACAGUUUAGUCAUUCGGAUAAAGGACGAAAAAGUUACAGUAAAAUGAAAUCGAUGUCCGGAUUUGAAGAGCCUAAAGAUCAAGUUCAAUAUAAGAAGAGAGAGUCUAGCAUAUCAACACCAUUCAGUUGCUAUAGGGAGGAUUCGCCAAGGUCCUCGUCCAGAGUUAAGUCUACCGGAAAGUACAGUUGCAACUGCUUCACAAAGGAACAGCCAAGAAAGUAUGUUUCAAAGACUGCCGAAGAAAUCAGAAGGACGGUUCGAGCGGAGAUUGCAGAGAUGGAGCAAAAGCAGGCAAUGGCAGACAAAAAUGGAUGUGAUUUUACUUUUUGCAAGCCACCGCAGAGUGGACGAUUGUCAUCUAAUGAAGAAACCAAGAGUAAAUCUAAAGAUGAAGAGAUUUUUACGGAGUCCGAGAAAUUGAUACUUAGCAAAAUUGAUUGGCGUACUACUGCCACCAAUGAUUUGUCUAAUUCCGAGGUAAUUUAUUCGACGAUAAAGCGCUUGCUGCGCGUAUGUCUGAACAACAAGAUAAUCGAACUUGGGCUCCUGGAUAGUCUGCAUGAUGCGAUAGCACAAUUCAAACGAGACAACUAAUAGGAUUCCUUUUUUAUUUUUGUGUAUAUUUUUUAUAAUUAAAUUUGGGGUAACAGGGGGGAAACAU